CGAGCGCAAACGGCGCGCCCGUGCACCCGCUCCGCACCACGUAUGUCUGCCCGCCCGCCGCCCCCCUCCGGCCUGAUCGCCCCAGCUCCGGCCAUUGCGCCCCCCCAGAUGGGUCUUCUUCUUCCGCAUGCGCCGCGCGCCCGGCGACAAGAUCACCUCCUACGAGGAGGGCAUCAAGCGCAUAGCCGCCUUCUCCUCCGCCGAGUCCUUCUGGGGCCUCUGGACGCACCUCGAGCCGCCGAGCAAGCUGCAGCCGACGACCGACUACCUGCUCUUCCACCAGGGCAUCCGGCGCCCCGUGUGGGAGGACCCGCUGAAUAUACGCGGCGGGAAGUGGAUCGUGCGGCUGAAGAAGGGCGUCGCGGACAGGAUAUGGGAGGACCUCAUUCUCGCGAUCGUGGGCGACCAGUUCGACGCGUGUCAGGCGGCGGAGAGCGCGGUGGAGGAGGAGCUGCGCGAUGCGCCAGAGAUCUGUGGGUGCACGAUUAGCGUCCGACAAAGUGAAGACAUCAUCAGCCUUUGGAACAAGACGGAUGGCGAUCUCAAGCUCAGGGAAAAGAUCAGGGAUACCAUGCGGAGGGUUCUCAAUCUUCCAGCCACCACGAUUAUGGAGUAUAAAUCCAACAACGACUCCAUGCAGGACAAGUCCUCCUUCCGGAACUCAGCCAUCGACCGAACACCACUCUCAUAGCAGGUCUGCAGUCUCAUAGCUGGUCUUCAGCCUGCGCGAGGCCAUCGCCGGGUCAUCUUCGAAACAGCCGUCGAGGCGAUCGAUUUAUUGCUAUGUAAUGGCCCUUGUUGUACUAGCCGCGGCACCCAUUUAUACGCGCGCUGCCGCCUGUUGUACAAUGUACGUGAGCUUGCGGUUCGGAAAUCUCGCGACGUGCGCGGCGCGAUUCGGAAACCUAACGACGCUCACGACGCGAUUCGGAAGCCUGACGACGUGCGCGACGCGGCUCGGAAACACCGCACACGAACAUUUGGAUGUCGCAAAACGCCGGCGCUGACUAGCGCUCAACGUGC